GAUGUCGAUGGUGGGGCUAGCGUCGCGCGUGGAUGUGCCUGCAGGUGGAGCGCGCGAGUUUGGUGCAGUGUCUGCAUUUACAAAGACUUCUGGCCGCACACACUCAUCAUGGCGGCGACCGUAGGUAGUGGAAAUGCCUCUGUGUCGGACACUCAAGCCUCAACCUCGGCUGAUCGGAGCUAUGAAGGUUCAACAUUUCAGUACAGCAUGGUCCUGGAGCACCUCAUCGGGGAGAAGAGGCCAAUUAAGGAUCUGAAUCCGACCGUUAUGGGGGGACUUCCCAAUCCCAUGAAAACCGACGACCAGAAGAUGAUCGAACAGGGAAUGGAGAGCUGUGCUUUCAAGGCGGUGUUGGCCUGUGUUGGAGGGUUUGUUCUUGGGGGAGCGUUUGGUGUGUUCACGGCUGGUAUAGACACCAACGUGGGAUUUGACCCCAAAGACCCCAUGAGAACACCCACGGCCAGAGAGGUUCUCAAAGACAUGGGCCAGAGGGGAAUGUCCUACGCCAAAAACUUUGCUGUCAUUGGGGCAAUGUUCUCCUGCACAGAGUGUAUCAUUGAAUCGCACAGGGGGAAGUCAGACUGGAAGAACGCUGUCUACAGUGGUUGUGUUACUGGGGGAGCAAUAGGAUUUCGAGCUGGGGCGAAGGCUGGCGUGCUGGGAUGUGGAGGUUUCGCUGCCUUCUCUGCUGCCAUUGAGUACUAUCUUCGGUGAAAACCAGGUCACCUUCCAUACCUUUGAACUAUUGAGGGAUCACUGUCCCUCUGGACCAGAAAGACUUUAUACCUCGUGGAGAGAGAAAAACAUCCCUGCUCUGCAGGUGGAGCAUCUUAUCAUGAGGAUUAUCUACACUUGGACAAUUCCACGUUUGACUGUAUCCUGUGCACUGUAUUUACAAUGUCAUACAGGGUUGGCCAGUCCAGGCUUGUGGCCCACUUAAGUCAUUGAGAUGAACCUCUAAUCAGUUGUAGUCGAGAGCUGGCUAUUCUUUCGUUUAGUUUUUGUGGGUGAAAUCAAGUCAAUGGCCGCAUUUGCGUGGUAAGGACAAAAGUCGAAGGUGUAUGGGUGACAGCAGCGCUCAGAUCAACAUGGCAGUGUUGCCAUUGUUUAUAAAAGGUUUUCAUUGUAAUGUAGAAAUAAACAUGUCUCCAACACCCAUAACAAACUGGAAUCAUAUGUGUACAUUAUUAAAUCACAUUUGUCAUGUCUUUGUUUGCAUGGGUCAAACAAACACCCUAAUGAUUGGUUGACAAUAGAGCCCCACAAUGCAUGUAAUGGCUUCAGAAUGAAGAGCAACUGUAGAGACUUGAAGUCAACAUUUCAUGACUUUUGUUCAGGUAGUUGUAUUGUAGCCACAAGUCUUUUUUUUGUGCCCCAGAAUGCAGCAGUGUUAAGUAGUUUUUUGGGGGGUCUGUACUUUUACUUCACUACAUUCCUAAAGAAAAUUGUAUUGUUUACUCCAUACAUUUUCCCUGACACCCAAAAGUACUUGUUACAUUUUGAAUGCUUUAGGCCUGGAAAAUAAUCUAAUUCACACACUUAUCAAGACAACAUCCCUGGUCAUCCCUACUGUCUCUGAUCUGGCACUCACUAAACACUUUCUUCAUUUGUAAAUUGAGUGUUGGAGUGUGCCCCUCGCUAUCCGUAAAUUUAAAAAAGAAAAUGGUGCCAUAUGGUUGGAUUAAUAAGGAAUUUGAAAUAAUUGAGGCUUAUAUUUUAGCAAAUAUAUGAACUUUUGGGAUUUUACUGGGCGACUAACUUUUACAGUACCUUUACUCAAGUAUGAAACUUGGCGACUUUUUCCACCACUGGAACGCAGCACACUUUAAGACUAGUCAAUGACAUGACUAAAGUGAUCCGCUCGGACCUUCAAUGUUUUACAUUCUGACUCAAACAGCAACGUGGUGACACUGACCAAUGUUAUGUACAUCCAAUUUAUAGUUAACAAAUGUAAGUCAAAGUAGCCAUUCAUUCUCAGUCACCAGUGUAAAUUGAUUAGAGUAAUGCGUUACCAGAUAAUAGAUUGGAUUUAUAUAGCACCUUUCUACCAACUGAGGUACUCCACUCUUUACAUAGUAUGGGGAAACUCACCUCAUCCACCUGGGUGAUGUUUGAAAAAUUUUGUGUCAGAAUGCUCACACUUCUGGCACGAAUUUUACAUUUUUAAAUAAUAUGAACUGAGUUUGGUGUGUCCGAGACAGAUAAACACUGCUAAUUGUUUGGUAACUGCAUGCUCAAAAAAAUCUUUAUUUUCUGCACUGCAAUCUUGAGCUUGCACAGUACUGAUAAAAUUCCACUACAUGAAAGUCACUUUUCAACUAUCCCAAACCAAAUAACAAUCUAUACAAAGUUCUAAAAUAUGAAUUAGUUGCAAUAAAACUGCAAGACUGAAUGACAAAACAUCGUUUUGGUAGACUUUUAUUAAUUUGACUAAAAAAGAAAAAAGUUCACAACGACAUUUACCCUUGUUAAUACAGUAUACUCAAAGUAAAAUACAACAUUUGAUUUUCUUUUAAUCUUAUAUUAAAAAUAUCAAAUAUGACUCAUCUAACAGUGCUUAUUUUAAGAUAUGUCACAGGCUAGAUAGCAGAAAGGUUGGAUUUGUACAGCUUUGAUGGGAGGAGAUUGCCGGUGCCGCAAACUAGCAGUGACAACCUACCUUCGUUACCCAGCCUGAUUUGAUUGACAAGUUGAACAUGCAAUAAGGGCAUUAAACUACACAAUAAUCCUAUAGAUUAACUGGUGUCAUUGGACACUAGGAACAGGCUUGCAAUGGAUUGACAAGAAAAAA